AUGCCAGCAUUGGGUCUAAAGUUUCCCGCCGCCUUCCAAUCACCUUGGUGUACCAAACGUCGGUAUCGAGCGGACGAACUUGGCAAAAGCCUCCGUUUUCGUUGCCGAGGCGGGAUGACGCACACGACUGGUCUCGGCGUUGGCUCGGCUACGAGCCGCCACCGAGCGCCGAUUGGCCGAGAGGGCGCGGAGUGCCAAGAGCGGAAUCUUGGCGGGACUGGGCAUCCUCCGCUCGACCUCUCCAACCCUCGGCAGCGAUGUGUCUCCUUCUUGGCUAGCCUUGGAUUCACCUUGGCAUCCGUGUCUCUACGAGACCUAGGAGUUUUCGGAGUGAUUAAAUCUUCCCCCUUCUCCCGUCCCGAUCCCCCCCUCCUGAGUUCCAAAAUUUGCUUUACGGUGGCAACCGUGGUUACCCGUGGACAGUUCUCCCCGCAAAGUCCGACUUAUCCGAUCGAUGUUGCGCCUUCGCUCUGCCCAACGCACGAACUGAAAUCAAUUGUUACUGGGCGAUAUACUUUGCUUGUCACCUCCUCACACUCUUCCUCGUUCUCUCGACGUGCAUUCAGAGCUGGGUCCUAUGUUCUCCCACCUAUGAGCGAACAAGCUUUGCCUCAGGGUGAGGUGAUCGGGAUCGUGAUUGGAGCUAUCGCGUUGUUCUCCAUAAUCAGCAUUGUUCCGAUAAUUAUCAUGUGGAGCCAUCGUCGAAAUGCAGCGCGUCGUACUGCCUCUGAGACUCUCAAUGCGACUGGAUCCAUGCAGGAGCCCUCAGUGGCGAGGUGGCUAGCAGAGCAAAAUGUUGAAAGCGACCCAGAGCAAUACGCCCAAGACACUUGGUAG